CCAACAGCAGAGCACAACAUCCUCUCCACUCGGAUCCCCAAGCCCUCGCCUCCAGCUCUUGCCACGGCAUACAUCCCUUGCUCGUACCUCCACCCGGCCACGUCCUCGCCGGUGGCCAGCGCCGAUGCAUCGCCCUUCCUAGCGUCGACCUUGGCACCGCUUCCCCGAGCGCCCCAGUCGAGCUCGCCCCUCCCCUCAACCAUGGACACGACGAUCUGCAGCCCUUCUUGGUGGCCGAGCCCAUAUUCCUACUCGCGCCCCCUCUUUUUCCACCUCUACGUGUAUCAGCUCGCCCAGCCCCAACUCCUCUGUCUUUUUCCUGCUCGCCCAUGGCGCCGGCUCCCUGCUCGGCUCCUCUGCUGACCGUGCGCUGCUCCCUGUUGUUCUGGUUGCCGUGCGCGCGAAACUGCUCUGGUCGACUGUGUCUGUACCCCAGGCCCAGAUCGACAUGGCCUCAUGCUCGGCCUACUCCAGAUUCGUAGCUUGUCGCUCUGUAUGCUCGACCUUGCCUUGUCGCCGAACCCCAACGCCGUCGACCUUCAGCUCCGUGCCUUGUCCCUGGCUGCGCGCGUGUGCUUCACUAUUUGGUUAUCAUCGCGCAAGCUCCUCUGUUGGGCUCGCCAGCCGCCAUUGUCCUACCCGCGCCAGCACGCGACCGUGGUCGUGUUCGUCGAAUUCGCCAACGCUCUGUUGCCGAUUCGACUAUCGUCGUUGUUGUGUGCCUCGCUGCGUGCUCGCUGGGUGUCAUCUGUUGUAUCCAGCACUUGUGCUUGCCGCUGGCUAGCGUUAACGCUCGCGCCUGCUCGUUGUCACUGCUCGUUGUUACCCUAGCUAUUGAACCCGUCCUCCCUGGCUCGUGACUUCGUCGUCGCCUGAGCUCGCGCUAACCUGCUCGACCCCACCUCACCAGCUCGCUCCAAAUUCGAUCUUGCCAUCGUUCCGAACAUCAUCAAGAAAACCCAAGAGUCGGGUGAAGACGAAGCUAGCAGCGUGAUAUUCACCAAGUGCUCGACAAAAGCUCCAUUCUAUACUCGUCAGCUGUUCGAUAGAGGACUUCAACUAAAGGUCGUCGUCGUUCAGGCAACUACCAGAUUGAAUUGAGAUGUGGUGAGCCAAUUCACUAUUUUUAUUAUUGAUUUUAUGAUCGGGAAAUAAGACGCUUAGUUUGCGUAUGAAGUUUAAGUUAGAAUACCAGUGAUGCGAGGUGUGCUUCGGUGUAUUUAGUUAUCAAGUAUAUUCGAACUAGUUCUAUUUUGCAGAGUGUAGUAUUUCGGUGACGCGUAGGUUAAGUUUAGUAUUUUAAGCAAGUAUCGAUAAGUCUGUCGAUGCUAAUUGUGUUCAGUGAGUGUAAGUUGAAGUCAAUAAUUUGCGUUAGGAGUCUUAUAAUAGUAAGCCUAAGUUCAUUAA